AUGAUGUUGACUGUGGUUCAGGAUAGUUCAAAUAGCCUAGAAGAGGCACCCGCUUAUGACAUUGCCGCUGAAAAGGCUCUGGUAUGGAAACAGGACCUACGCAUCGUGCCGUUGUCUGCAUUUAUCUACUUAUUAUGCUACCUUGAUCGCUCAAAUAUUGCCUUAUUGACUCUAGGAAAUGCCAAGGUAUUGAACAAGGACAUGGGCAACGACCUUCUCUCCGAAACAGAAAUGAGCAAUUAUCAAUACACGAUCGCGUUGAUGGUAUUUCUUGUGGCAUAUGGAAUAUUUGAGGUACCCUCAAACUAUUUGCUGAAGAAGCUGAAGCCCAGCAGGUGGAUUGCGUUCCUCAUGUUUGCCUGGGGAGGCAUCACAAUGGGUCUGGGUGGCUCUCGUAACUUUGGAGAUGUUACUGGUAUUCGGUUCCUGCUCGGGGUCAUUGAAGCUGGGCUGUUCCCCGGACUUGUAUAUUACCUAACAUUUUGGUAUCGGGUCUCGGAGCGUUCUAUACGUGUGGCACUCAUUCUCGCCUCUGCUACACUAGCCGGCGCAUUUGGUGGCGCUAUCGCUUAUGGAGUUGGCUACUUGAACAGAGCUCAUGGUCUGUCGGCCUGGCGCUGGCUGUUCAUAAUCGAAGGAGCCCCGUCGUGUGCGUCGGCGAUCCUUGUAUGGUUUCUAUUACCAGACUACCCGGAAACAGCAGGCUGGUUGAAUGCCGCAGAUCUCAACUUGGCAAAACACAGACUCCGGCUGGAAGGUUCAAAGAGCAGUGCGAAAACGAUGAGUUGGUCAGACGCGAAGGCUGUGUUGACUGAUUGGCGAUUAUACGGCCAUUAUGCGAUUUAUUUCGGCAUUUCGACUCCAUUCUCGAGUCUUUCGCUCUUUACCCCAUCCAUUACUGCCGGCUUGGGGUACGAGAACCUAGAAGCCCAACUGAUGACGGUCCCGCCUUAUGCCGUUGCAUAUGUAGUAACGGUCGCAAUUUCAUGGUCAGCCGACCACUUCAACGCACGCGGAAUCCACGCAGCAAUAUUCUCGUGCAUUGGUGCUGUAGGCUUCUUAGCCUCUGCUGUCUUACCCGCAGAUGCAUAUCAGAGUCGGUAUGGCUGCUUAAUUGUGGCGGCCAGUGGCGCUUUUUCAUGCAUUCCUCCUCUUCUUGGCUGGUUAUCUUCUAACCUCCAUUCUACUGCUGGGGCCGGGCUUGCGAUCGCGCUCAAUAUCUCUUUCGGCGCACCGGGUCAAAUUGUCGGGGUGUGGAUUUACAAGGCGGACGAGGCUACUCGGGGGUACCCCACAGGCCAUUGGACGAAUGCUGCUUUACUAUUGUUUGUCUGUAUUUCGUGCAUUCUUCUGCAUAUCUACUAUGUGUUUUUGAAUAGGAAACAACGGAGGAGCGGGGAGACUAAAGCUUAUGUUUAUUGA